GAAUUCUUCCGUUCCAUCUCUCGAAAAAACUUGCUAACUCAACAGGCAAAAGAAAGGAGUUAAAAAAGCAAAAAGAACAAUGUCCUACAACAGUGCUGUUCAAGAAGCUCGCCCUGUUGUCAGAAAAUUUCUUGCAAGGCCUCAGCCUGAGGGGGUUGGCGCUAUUGUCAGAAGAAGCAUUGGAAGGUUUGAGUUGAAGUAUUUUGAUCCUUUCCUUGCUUUAGACGAAUUCUCAGUCUCUGCUCCAGGUGGAUUUCCUGAUCAUCCGCAUAGAGGGUUUGAAACAGUCACCUACAUGUUGCAGGGAGCUGUGACGCAUGAAGAUUUUAAAGGACAUAAAGGUACCAUCAAAGAAGGUGAUUUACAGUGGAUGACUGCUGGAAGAGGAAUAGUUCAUUCAGAGAUGCCAGCAGCUCAGGGAACUCAACGAGGUUUACAAUUAUGGAUUAAUCUCUGCUCUCGAAAUAAAAUGGUUGAGCCAAGAUAUCAAGAAAUGAUGAGCAAGGACAUUGCAGAGGCAGCAAAAGAUGGGGUCAAAGUCAGAGUUAUAGCAGGAGAGGCCAUGGGAAUUACAUCUCCUGUCUACACAAGGACCCCAACCAUGUUCUUGGACUUCACCCUUAAGCCAGGAGCUCAUCUUCAGCAACCAGUGCCUGCGUCCUGGAAUGCAUUUGUAUACGUCCUGGAUGGGGAAGGCACCUUCAGCCACUCGAGGUCUUCUCCAGUAACAGCUCAUAAUCUUCUUCUUCUAGGCUCUGGCGAUGGCCUUGAGGCAUGGAACAAGUCCUCAAAGCCCCUGAGAUUCGUUUUAGUUGGGGGCGAGCCAUUAGGUGAACCAGUAGUCCAAUUUGGGCCUUUUGUAAUGAACACUCAAGAAGAGAUUGAUCAAACCAUUGAAGAUUUUGAAAAUUGUACGAAUGGUUUUGAGAGUGCUAGGCAUUGGAGAUCUGCAUCAAUCCGUGGUCUGGAUUAUUGAUGAAUUACUGCAUAUUCAUUCUGCAUUCUUUUGUUUUUGAAGCCAGAAGGAGAGGAAGUCAGGAAACAUAAACACACUACUGCCACGCGUAUCAUUAUUAUCCGCUGCAACACUUUUUGUAGAUGAUGGAUGUCAUUUAUACUAAUGGCAAUGUACCAUGCUUCCACUAUAUUCUGUCAAAGCAAAUGAUAGCAAAUAUUUUUACACCUUUACA